AUGUUCACAGCAGCCGCUAAGAACUUUGUGAAGCAGGUUGGGGACACAGGGAGGUUGAUCCCCGUCCCGAGCCUGAGCGAGGCCGACCGCUACCAGCCCCUCAGCCUGGUCACCAGGAAGAGGAAGAAGCAUUUCUGGAAGAAGAACAAGUACGCGUCGACCCCCUUCUCACUGAAAGACAUCCUGGUCGGGGAGAAAGAGAUCACAGCAGGAGUGUCUUCUUAUCAACUCCUCAACUACGAGGACAAAUCUGACGUGGCCCUCAGCGGCCGGUUAGGAAACCACCUGAUGAACGACGUGGGCUUCAACAUCAGCGGAUCGGACUCCGUGGCCGUCAAAGCCUCGUUCGGCAUCGUGACCAAACAUGAGCUGGAGGUGCCCACCUUACUGCGAGAGCUGCACUCCAGGAAAGUGGAUCUGGAUCACUGCCUGGUUCGCCAGUCCAAGGAGAGCGGUCGGACCGUUCUCUGUGUUGUUGUGGAGAGCAUCCGCACCACACGCCAGUGCUCCCUGACCGUCCACGCCGGCAUGAGAGGGACCACCAUGAGGUUUCAGAUCGACGAUGGAAGGAAUCCUAAAGGUCGAGACAAGGCCAUCGUCAUUCCGGCUCACACCACCAUCGCAUUCAGCAUCUGUGAGCUGUUUGUUCGACUGGACGGACGACUUGAUAUCUGUGUAGCCCCGGAGUCUCAGGGUGGAUUUGAGCGGGAGCAGAAAAAAACAUUACUUUUACUAUACUUACUGCUUUUUUUGCUUUUAUCCAACCACCGUGCAGAUAACCAAACAUUCGAGGAGCUAACCCACUCCGACACGUACAUGGACGACAUGGUAACCGACUACUAUGAGAAAGCCGCCAGCAUGACGGACGUGUCCACUGCCUACCUGAGAGAAAGCUCCCACACACGGGUCAACCUCCUCAAACACAACAUCCCCAAAGGGCCCUGUGCGCUCUGCGGCAUGGGCAACCAGAGGCGGGAAACCGUUUACGGCUGUCUGGAGUGCACGACCGGGGGCCUGAAAUAUGUCCGGCUGCACGUGGUGCCCUGUUUUGACCUCUGGCACAAAACGCUGAGGUGAAAAAGGAAAGGGGUGUGUUCAAUUUCUCAUGGUGCAAGAUACUGUUUACUAAGCCUUUUUUUAAUUCUCGUUUCUGUAAUCUUUCAAAUAAAAGUCAAAAACUGGA